CCCAACAUUAUAUUCUUCAGUCGCACUUCCUCCUCCCAUUCGAAUACAUCACUGUUCAUUGCGCGAUAAAGUAAUUCUGGAUGACAAUGGAUGAGGAUUACCUUUGCAUUGACCUGAAGGAUUGUGGGGCGAGUGAUCUGUCGUCACUUCGGAAACAAUUUACCAAAGCGAGUAGAAUAGAAAUCGAUUGUGAUCAAUGUGAAGAAGAAGUGAACUACGAUAACUUGAGUUCAUUGCUUCAGAGCCACAGCGACAAACUUAAUUAUAUCCAAUUGACAAAUCUUGGCGAGAAGUUCCAAUUAGGGUCUCUGGGGCAGUUACCACUUUCGGUGCGACAGAUCCAUUGUUAUAUGCGGGAAUCCGAAGAGCCGGCGGAUGGUGAGGCAGAAGGCCGUAAAUUUCCAAAUUUGUUUGAGUUCAAACAAUUGCGAGCUCUCACCCUCAGCGGCUUCAAUUUGAGGGAGAACAGCUUAAAGGGAAUUGAAGAAUUGAAAGAUCUAUUCUUCUUGGAUCUGACGGAGUCCGAGGUGCCUGUAGCGGAACUCGAGAGACUCAAGAAAUUGACGAAAUUGAAACAUGUUUAUCUGUCCUCCUGCAAUCUUGGUGAUAAAACACUUGUAGGUCUUCUAUCGACCAAUAAGAGCAUUCAGGCAUUGGAUGUCAAUUCGAACGCUGAAAUCACGGAUCGCUCUAUGGAACAAAUCAGUACCCUCCGCGACAUUCGUAUCCUCAACGUAAUGAACCUGCCCCUGAUCACCGAUUACUACCUCGAGGAAAUUCGCAGCCUCACAGCCCUGAAUUGCCAAAACUGCCCACUGGUCUCAGAACCUGGCCUAAUGAAACUCCUCAAUCUAGCUGAGAAUCUCAGAUAUUUAGACGUGAAAAAAUGUAGAGUCUCCAAUGAACUAUUAGAAGCAGCUCUCGAAGAUGUGAAAUCUCGUAGCGCUAAGAAAUCAUUGGAAAUUUCUGUGGAUCGAGUUUUGAAGAAUAAAUGGGAUAAAUUGAAAUGUUCGUCUCCAUUGUUAAAAAUUACAGACGGAACCGAAGACGAUAAAUAAAUAAAACAUUGUGAUCAAUUAUCAACAUCUGGUGUCUUCCACUAAAAACGAUUUCAAUCAAUAAUUAAUUAAAAUAUAUUCAGGAAAAAAUUUGGAUGAUAUUCCGCAUAAAUUAAAUACUUUGGAGUGAUAAUGAACUUUAUUGAA